AUGAGAAUACUCAGUUGUAUAAUUCAAAUGAUGAGUUCAUUAUUUAUUGGUAAUUUAUGCUACAUAAGCGAUGGAUUAUUGAAAUCUUAUUGUUCAAAAUAUGGCACGAUUGUCGAGUGCACAAUUAAACGUGAUAAAGAUGGUAAUACUUUCCACUGUUUUGCAUUUGUUACUUAUAGAUCAAUCAGAGCAAUUGACGAUAUAAUGAGAGAACGUCCACAUUAUAUUCGUGGUAAAGAGGUAUUAGUUAAACGAGCUUUACCACGUCAAUUGUUUACUGUUCAAGAACGACUCGUUCUUACAAGACGAUUAAUCUUAAAUGAUAUCGACAAUAGAGUACAUGAUGAACGUUCAAUUCGAUUAUAUUUUCAAACUUAUGGACGUAUUUUAUGUUUUAAGUUGGAUAAAAAGAAUCGAUGUUGUUUUAUUGACUAUGAUGAUUAUGAUUGUGUUGAUCAUAUUCUUAUACGACGUCCUCAUUAUAUUCAUCGUAAAGAAUUGAAAACAACAAAAUACAUCCCAGUUCAAGGAGGAGAUCACGAAAGUCCAAGAAAUAGAAGUUAUGGCCAUGAAAAAGCUUACCAUUUUCUAGAAGAAAAAUAUAGCAAUGAUGAACAAGACGUGGAACAACAACGUUCAAAUACCCCAUCGCCACUCUUAUCAUCUGCAGUUGUUGUCGUUCGCAAAGAAAAAUCUCUAUCUCCUACUCUCUCAUUAACGAUCGACGAUGAAAUUGAUGAAAUAAAACAAUUACAAACAGAACUAAUUCAAUACAAGACAGAUUAUGAAAAUAUGGAAUAUAAAUAUCGUAAAUUGGAAGAUGAAUAUCAAUCAUAUAAGAGAGAAAAAGAACUAGAACUUAGUGAAUUAAAUAUUACACAUGUGAAUCAAAUAGAAAAAAUUAAACAGUUAUUAUUAGAAAAAAAUGAAGACUAUACGAAUAAAAUCGAUCGAAUUAGACAAGAUUAUGAUAAUAAAUAUCGAGAAAACUGUUUGACGAUUCAAAAUAAAAAUAAUCAUCCAUUAAUUGUGGCCGAUUUGCAACAAAAAUUACAGCAGUUAGUUUUAGAUGAACAAAAACAUCAUCAAGGAUUGAUUAAAUCAUUAGCUCAAUUAGCAAUUCGAACCAAUGUACAAAUGGAUAAUCAAACAACAGCUAAAAAACGACGACACGAUGGGAAUGUUGAUUAA